GAAGGUCUCUUUGGAGAUGAAGUUAAAGUCCACUCCAGGUGUCUCUCCAGGUCGAGGGUUCCUAGUGGUACCUGCAGGAAAGGUGGGGAUGAAUCAGACCUUAGAGAAACUGAAUGUUAGAGAUGAUCUCCCUUUGCAGGACCAAGUCGGGUGAAUCUCUGGGGAAUGCGGUGUCCAUGUACACCUUGAGAUUACUAGUUAUAACGUGAUCUACAAUGAGAGGGAG